AUGUCUCCACCUCUUUUGCCCUACGUGGUGAUGUUCCGGAACUUCCUUUCCAUAGAAGUGAAGCCCAGCAAGUGGGUCCUGGGGGAAUGGGCCAGCUAUGGCUUCGCAGCUGCUUUAAGCUUGUGCUUAUUGGCUUGGUGCCUUUACUUCACGGCUCCCAGCUACAUCCAAUAUCCCAGGAUUCUCUUGGCCGGUGCUUUGGCGGCUUCGUACAUGCAGAAGGAGGGGAUCACCACAUCCCGCCCCGCGGCCUUUCUCUUCGGAAUCUCUGCUUUUCUGACCCUGGAGAUGGCCGUAACGGGUUGCGCCUGUGGCUGCCACGUGGGCAGCGUCUUCAACACGCUGCUGCUGCCUCUCAAAGCUCUUACGCAUGUUCUCUGGCUUUGGGCAGCAGUUCCCCUGGCCCUGGUGGUUCACCAAAUACAUGCCUGGAGCUUUGCGGCCAGGAAUAUGCUCCUGAAAGUUUGGUUGCUCUCGCGCAGCACUACCAAAGGAGGAACCUUGAAACUGAACGUCCCAGAGGUCACCUAUGAGCUGAUGGACACGGCAAUUGAGCAGUUAACAUGGGACGAAAUGACCCAAUUGAGCGCAGAUGAUAUGACCAAGCUGGAUUUGAGGAUUGCCUUCAUGGACAGCAGCUGCUUCACCACAGAUGCCAUCGACAGAGGUGGUUUGACGAAGCAUUUCGCCACUCUCAUCUCUAAAGCAGUUCGGCUGGCAACUGGUGAUAGGGCCUGGCCGUUCUUGACGUUGUGGGACGCGGAUGUUGCGCAGCCUGCCUACCACCUGAACUACGAGGCAUGCCUCUACCAACAACAGAACUUGGCUUGCGGCUUGGAGCGUGUCGAGGCUGACUACAAGGCUCUCGGGAACCUCGUGGCGCUUCUCCUGGUGAAGCAGGUGCCAUUCUUGCGCCUCAGCAAGGCUCUCAUCAAGUUCCUGCUUAGAGAUCGGGAGUCCGUGCACACGGGCCAGGUGGACCCAUCACUUCGUGUGACGCUGGAUGAUCUUGCGGAGGUGAAGCCGGAUUUCGCUAGGAUGCUACGAGAUCCAACGCUCGCGGGAAUCGAGGACCUCUUCUGCCAGUGCGAUCUGCCGACUAAGAUUUUGGACCAGGGCGCCAUCAGUAUUUCUACUGAUAUCCCGCCCGGCCCGUGGGAUCCGACUUCCGAGCACUGCCAGCAGGUAGCUACGCACGUGCUUGAGAACCCUCACGUCCUGCCCAUCACGGAGGCCUUCCGCCAGGGUUUCCAGUCACGGCUCCAGACGGACGGCUUGAGAUUGCUGUUUUCGGUCGCGGAAAUCCAGGGCAUGUUGGCGGGAAGUGACACAAUCAGCGUGGUGGACUGGCAGGAGCACACGGUCUACAUCAGUGGCAGCGAGCGCCACCCUGUAAUCAGGAUGCUGUGGCACACCUUGAUGCAAUGCACGCAGGAACAGCUGCAGGCCUUCCUGUUGGAGAGCACGGGUCUGCUGGCCCCACCAGCCGAUGGCUUCCGAGCCUUAGAGCCUCCCUUCAACAUCUGCAUCCUCGAAGAAUCUGAGGUGCCAGAUGCACUUCGUCAGGCAAAGCUAGGCUUCCACACCUGUUGCAACACCUUGGACCUGCUGUCCACGACCACGGAGCAGGAACUGAGAAGCCACAUCCAGCACCUGAUGCUUGGCAGACAAGACUGA